GGGACUCUUGCUGUAGAAUUUCUUAAUAGCAUUCAAGGUUAAAGAUGACUCCUAGAGAAUUACCAAAAUACGAAGUUCUCUUCUCCUUUCGUUCUCUUCUUUCUUUUUUCUUUUUACUUGGUUGGCAGGGUCAGGGCCUUUCUCGCUGGGCGAGCGCAUCCGAUUCUAAAGUCCUUUCCUAAACCACUUCCCGUUCAGUUGCUGAAAGAUAGAGAGAAGCUUUCUAAAUGAGAUUGAGUUCCACGAAUAUGCAGGCUAGAAAGAUGUUAUUUGCUGCUAUUCUAUUUAUUUGUGCAUUAAGUUCGAAGAAGAUCUCAAUCUAUAAUGAAGAAAUGAUAGUAGCUCGUUGUUUUAUAGGCUUUAUCAUAUUCAGUCGGAAGAGUUUAGGUAAUACUUUCAAAGUGACUCUCGACGGGAGAAUCCAGGCUAUUCAGGAAGAAUCGCAGCAAUUCCCCAAUCCUAACGAAGUAGUUCCUCCGGAAUCCAAUGAACAACAACGAUUACUUAGGAUCAGCUUGCGAAUUUGUGGCACCGUAGUGGAAUCAUUACCAAUGGCACGCUGUGCGCCUAAGUGCGAAAAGACAGUGCAAGCUUUGUUAUGCCGAAACCUAAAUGUUAAGUCAGCAACACUUUCAAAUGCCACUUCUUCCCGUCGCAUCCGUCUUCAGGACGAUCUAGUCACAGGGUUUCACUUCUCAGUGAGUGAAAGAUUUUUCCCCGGGUGUACGUUGAAAGCUUCUAUAGUAGAACUCAUUCGAGAGGGCUUGGUGGUCUUAAGAAUGGUUCGGGUGGGGGGUUCUCUUAAGAAUAAAGAAGAUUAAUAGAAUCUAAUUCAUUUCAUGCUAACAGAAGAGCGGAUCCAAUACCAAGACGACUU